UUGUGUUAAACUUUGGUGGUUGCAGGGCACUCUUUGAAUUGAAUGCAGUGACCGCCUCGAGUCUGCUCCAAACCUACAACACGACCUGCGCAAACUCUGGUAUCGCUCGAAGAGCUGUAAGUCAUGUCGUCGUGGUGAGGUGUUCACUCCAAGUGUAGGCGUCCGUGAGGUGGAGGAUGCAUCAGCCCCCUCACGGGAAAAAGCAGAUUACAUACAUGGAGCGUUAUAUUGACCAGCGCUGGAAAGAAAGAAAGAGACGAACGGAGCGAAGGCAAGCGGCUCUGUGGCCAGAGCUAGCCAUAGGCUGCGUCACUCCUGGGGAGCAGCAAAGCGAAGCAAGGCAACGCUGCAAGGUGGGGAAUCGACAUCGUCCAUGUACUUAGCCAGGGCAUUUUAGAAGGACGGCUUAAAUCGGACUUGGCAAUGCGUAGGUGGGAUUCCUUCGGUACCGACUUCGCUUUUCAUGCAGUGAAGUGUCCACAUUUGCAUGAAAGUAGGUGGAGAUAAUCACUAUUUCAUACUUUACAUAUACUACUUCGAUACUCUUAAUCCUUGUGUCUACUGGCCACGGCCGCACUCGACUUGUCUUGCUUUCCCUUGGCCUGUCUUGGCUUCGCUUGGCAAGUCUGUUUCAGAUUCUCUUUCUCCGCGUUCUUUCUCGAAGCCUCAAUCUUGACUCUCUGGACAUUCGAUAGACCUGGAACUGAAACCACGCAGCACCUCGAAAAUUUCAAUCAAGGAUUUUUUCCAACGAACUCAACCAAACAGCCUCCCCCUACCUUCGGGACGAGGUGUGACUUGUCUAAUGCCACAUUCUUCGAGCCAGACCGGACGUAUUUAUUCCAUGUCCCGGGUGAUAAGAUCGGAAAAGCUCGUCAGGACUAGGAGCUCCGAAUGGGUGUUUUGUCUCAACUGUCAAUUGAAGAGAGUGGGUGUGUGUUGAACGUCCCCGCAUCGAGCAGAGCGAAAAUUAGGUGCUCAUUGAGGAACGCUUGAUGGAGCUCCAGUCGAGAGCAAGCACGCGACUCAGAACUCCAGAAAGGGAACCAUAGUGGAGAUAAUGACCUUCAAGUUUGCCGCUAUUUAACUUCCUGGGCAACUGAAUGCUUCGUUCUAGAGUGAGGCUUCGACACGAGGAAGGUAGGACUUCUUCCAUCUCGAAUUCACAAUCUUCCAAGGCGUAAGCACACUGGAGGGGACCAUGACCAUAACAGUUGUUGAUUCCAUUGGCUAUGCGCUUCCCUUUCCUUAUCCAACACGAGCUGAAAGAGAACGGCACCUCUCUUCCGAUCAGAACAACAACGGCUGCAUCUGAGUGCACGAAUCUGGCCAGCAUAGAUCGUUAGAUCCAGUUUUACUCGACCGACUUGCGAGAACUGGAGCCCGAGACUUGAGCAGGUGAUGACGGCCAGCAUAUUAUUUUUGAGCCGUGCAGCGUCCUCUUCGCGGGGACCUGUUGAGUACAGUGAGGUUGCUUAUGCCUGUUGUUCCGUGCAGAAAAGGCGAAGAAGAAGUUGCUCUUGAACCAUGGCAAGCAACAGGAGCCCAGGCAGAAGACGGUCAACGGAUGAGCCACGCAUGGAGUGCACUCAUGAGCUUGCAGGUUUCAGAUCUCUAGCCAUAAGGUGAGAAAGGGCAGGGUCGCCAUCGCCCGCACGCAAGGCACUUUUAAUCAGGCAGAGUCUGGUAAGAAUAACCGCAACACUUGCAUAGCGUCGAAGGUGGAUUGUAUUGUUUCGAAAAAAUAUAGUUCCAUAUUAGCUGGGGACGAGAAUCAGGAACGGGUGUUGUGGAACAUUCAAGAUGGUGCCAUUCUCCGAGGUGUCCAUCGCGUCGUCGGCUGGAAGGCCCUCCUGAUCUCCGUGAGGGUGGUGCAGGUGGGAAGAGUGGUAGAUUAUUGGAGGUGAUCGUCAUCUUCUCAAGAGCUAGCUGCCAAGCUCUAUCAGGGAACAGGUGUGAAAUACUUACAGUACAUUCCAAGCUAUUUCAAGAGUCAAAUUGUGCUAUUGGCCAUUUGAUGAAAUGCUUUGCUACUUCUUGUACCCGUUUUCCGUCACAUACACCACUGGCCGAACCUCCACACUUCUUCUCCACUUCUUAAACAGCGAGAACAGCCACUGACCGACCUGACGGCUACUUCAGCAGAAUUAUGAGUCGUUGAUGCAAUGGUGGGAUACGAGUCCAGCAUGGUUAUUGUGGAUGAGGUAGGUGAAAUUUCAGAGCCCUCCAGGAUGUUCUGGGACGUCGACAACGAGUCUAUCACCAGACUCGUGGACAUUAGUACAUUCACAUCCAUUAAAUUGUCAAACGAAAACAUCGCAGUCGCAGAGUAGCACCCAACUGACGUACGGGAGUCCAGUCUCCUCCAACAUUCUAUCAGACACUACUCCAAGUUUCUCGGACCAGAGCACUCCCAACAUAAACUUAUGUCUUUGGCUCCCGAAACAAUCGUAGUUCCGACUUUUACAUGAGCUGGGAGAUUCACACAAGAGCGUGAGCUACACAUGUAAACGCACGCCUCAAUUCCACGUUGAUUUACUCACUCAGCAGCAUCGAGAUCUGGCAACUAGAAGCAAUUAGACGUGGCGAAAUGUCUCUGUUCUUUACUGCACAUCCUUCGAUCUGCAGCUUGACGGAUGAAAAGUACAGCCCUUCAAGCUCGAGCAGGGCCGAUCGAUCUUUGCCGACGAAGUAAACAAUGCGUCUCCUAUGAAGCUCGAACCAGAUCUCGGGCACGAGAACAAGAAGUAAUGAGGUUCAGCUUCAAAAGUGAGUCUGUCUAAGAGCUCGAGACCAUAGCGCUAGUGACAAUGAAAGGGUGUUGACUCCCAUUGCAAAGAUUGAGCAGUCACAAGAAUGAUUAAGCAGAGUACAGAGUGUAUUUGACUCGUCGGAUUAGCUUCUUUUCCAGGACGAGCUGUAUUCGUGUUUGUUGAGCCUGUUGAUGUGGACGUCCCAAUAAUUCGUGUUUGUGGUUCGAAACCAGACCCGAAACGGUGCGCUCCAACUUUAGACUAAAAGCGCUGGGACCUCAUAGACGAGCAACCAUGUGCGGUUAGGCACUUCAGAUUCUAAUAUAAAACCACAUUACUGACAGGCAAGAAUAUGUAUUAUCACCCGAAAAUAGGGAGCGAAACUGGAUGAAGAUCAAUGAAGAGAAUUUGAGAAGAACAAAGAGUCGAAGCGCUUUGGCUGGCGUCCAUUCAUUGCUGAAAGCAGUAGAGUUUAUAGAGAGAAAAGCAAAUGAUCGACUGUCAUAGGAUAAACAGUAAUGCAGAAAGUUGUGAAAACUGAGUAAAUGAUCAAAUCAUUACAGCUCAGAACCUAGAAAUAUAACACAUAACUUGAUUCUGAAGAUUGUGUUCUUAAUAUUCAUGUGAGAAAUGAGAUGAGGAACACUCAAAAGCAACAAGUAAGGUUGGA